AUGGGAAUAUGUGGACUGGAAACGGGAGAUAUUGUUUGUUUGAUUACAUACAACAAUGACUAUCACGGUAUCGGAGUUUUGGGUGUUUUAGCAGCCGGUGGUGUCUAUACUAGUUUAGACAUGUCGUCAACUGAAGAUGAAAUUCAAACUACAAUUAAACCAAAUAUUUUGAUUGGAUUUGAAGGAAAUGUUGUUUAUUUAAAACAAUUGAAACAAAAUGUUGACAGCAUCAAGACAAUUCUAUUACAUAAGAAAAUUGCUAAAAAUGAUUACAACGACACCGAUAACAAUGAUUUAUUGAUAACUAAUGUUAUAACAAACAUAACAACAAAUACGAUACCAAAUAAAUCAGAUUCCGAUGAUAACAAUAGUUUUGUGCCGAUUAGCCGAUCGCCGGACGAUAUGGUAACGUUGAUAAUGUCGAGCGGAUCUACCGGCGCCCAGAAAGCUAUAAUUUGGACCAAUCGUCAAUGGCUGGCCUUUGCAUCAAUUAGACGCCAUCCGGAAUUGAUGCCAUCAACCGUUAACUAUGACGACAAUAUCAUAUUAAGCAGACUGUACUGUCACGGGGCAGGUAUACUAGUUUUGUUUCAAUCGAUAGUAUUUGAUUGGCAAAUGGUUGUCAUCAGUUAUCCGCCAGACAUUAGUUUAGCCCACGACUGGUUAUUCAAUAUAUUAAAUAAAUAUAAUGUUAGCUAUUGUUUAGUUGUAUCAAAUGAUUUAAGAUAUUUGUUGAACAAUACAGACAAAUAUACUAAACAAUAUUUACAAUCAGUCAGACACUACUAUAUUGUUGGCGAAAAGCUAAGCGAUGAACUAUACGAUCGGAUCAGACAGUUAUAUGGUUCAGAAAAGUUUAAUAUAACUUACAGUAUGACCGAGUGUUUCAUGAUUACGACUAAACCUUUUAGUAGACAACAUGUGUUGACAUCGGCCGAUAAUAUCGGUUGUGUUGUUCCCGGAAUGGAAGUCAAAAUUAUCGAUGAAAGUGGCAACAGUUUGCCGGCCAAUCAAACGGGACAGUUGUGUGUACGCGGACCGACUUUAACAUCAGGAUAUUAUGGAAAUAAAGAUUUUUUCACAAAAUUUUUAACAAACGAUGGUUUCUUUAUGUCCGGAGAUUUGGGAUAUUAUGAUGAAAACGAAUUCUUCUAUUUUGUCGACCGAAUCAAAGAUAUUAUUAAGGCGGCCGUUAUCGGUAUCGAUAGCCAACUGUACGGUCAGAUACCCAUGGCUUUUGUUACACUGAAUACCGGUGCCAUCGAUAAGGACGAGGAUAUUCAACAGUAUGUCGAUAAACGAGUUGAUACUAACAAACAAUUGAGAGGUGGCUUAAAAAUAUUGGAUAAAAUGCCCUUGACCAGUUUUGGCAAAAUUAAUAAAUCAAAAUUA